ACCGAGCUAGUUGCGAUGAUUUUGUUUAUUAAUGCCUGUGUUUGUGUUGCAAUUGCGGUAUUCCUCCCAAUUUAUUUGUAUUUUACGCGAAACUUUAAUUGUUGGAAGGAUCAAAAUGUUCCGUACGUCAAACCCACCUUCUUUUUCGGAAAUGUGUUGCCAGUUGUGUCCCAAAAGGAGUCAAUUAAUGUAUUUUUGAAAAGUCUUUAUAGGUCAACUACGUCUCCAUACGUAGGUUUUUUUUUCUUUGACAGGCCGUUGCUUUUAAUUCGUGAUCCGGAACUCAUCAAGAGAAUUCUCGUCAGUGACUUUGAUUACUUCCAAGAUCGAAGUGUGAUGUACAACGAACAUGAUAAGUACUCCAAAUCUACCUUGUUUAUGAUGAAACAACCGGCGUGGAGAACACUUCGAUCAAAAGUUACGCCAGUGUUUUCCGCGAGCAAACUGAAGAACAUGGUGCCGUUAGUUUUGGAAGCCGGUGACGAUAUGGUUAAUUUUAUUAAGCGCAAUUGCUUAGAAUCGGAAAUGGCCAACAGUAGAAGUACAACAUUCAAAUCCGCCAUCGACGCAAUUUCAUCCUGCGCCUUCGGGCUGAGAGUCAAUUCGCACGAAAACCCCGACUUUGCAGAGGCCGCCAAGGGAGUGCAAGGUGUAACUCCGUUGCGCGCCAUACAAAUGGCCGCACACUUUUUCGCACCAAUUCUGGUCAAAGCGUUUCGAAUGAAAUACGCCGAUCCCAAGUCUAGUCACUAUUUAGAAAAAAUCUUCUUGGAUACCAUUACCGAGAGAGAACGACUGAACACUAAUCGCCCCGAUCUAAUCGAACUCAUAAAGCAAAUCCGACGCAAGGAACCUGAUUUUUUUGACGACGAACUUUUGGUGAGCCUCUCCUUGCAAUUCUUGGUAGCGGGCUAUGAAACAUCCGGGGCUACUAUCGCGUAUAUUUUGUACGAGCUUUCGUUAAAUGCAUCAAUACAAGACCGGCUACGAGCGGGCGGAAGUAUUGGCCAUCCUGUCGAAGCACGAGACAAUAACGUAUGAUGCUAUUCAAGAAAUGACGUAUUUAGAUAUGGUUAUCAAAGAGGCGCUACGAAAAUAUCCGACGUUACCGUUUUUGGACCGAGAAUGCACUAAAGCGUACACCAUCCCAAACACCAAUGUCGUCAUCCAAAAAGGAGUUGCUGUCUACAUUUCGUUAACAGCACUACAGCACGAUGGGAACUAUUUCCCAGAUCCCAUGGUGUUCAAUCCAGAAAGAUUUUCAACAGAAAACAAGUCGACUAUCGUCCCAUGUACGUACAUGCCAUUCGGUGAAGGUUACAGGAACUGCUUAGCCACAAAAUUUGGUUACCUGUCGGUUUCAAUUGGAGUGAUAAAGAUAUUGUCACAUUUUGAAAUUGUACCGAGUAAAUACGCGCCCAAGGAGCUCACGUAUGAAAACGGCGGGUUUCUGUUGAUACCUACGAACGAUCAAGUUUUGGUAAAAUUCAGAAGUUUAAAUACUUGAUGAGCUAUUGUGGUUUUUUUGAUGAAAGACUAUGUAUUUGAUGUUCCGAUGUAGUCCAGGUAUCGGAAUUGCCUUGGCGAGCAUUUUUCUGGAUUUUGUAUGAAGGCGUAAGUGAUCGUUUUGUGGUCCGUAUAUACCGUGAAAGUGCCACGUUUUAGAAUGUGCUCAUGUUGUUUGAUGGUUUUGUAGAUUACGAGUAAUUCCUAGAGUAAUUCUCUGUCGUAUGCUCAGUACAUCCGUUCCGCUGGUGGUAACGUCCUCGAAAAAAUGCGAAUUCUCCGUUUUGGUACUGUUGAACGACCUCCUAUCGCGCAAAGUCUGAUCCAUCGGUCGUUAUGCUCAGCGUUGGGUCUGUUGCGGGUGGUGUAUCAUGGUUCCAUUUGUAAUUUGCUGUUGGCAUUGCUUGAAUGCUACUCGCGCUUCGAUCGUCCACUGUGUUUCCUAGAAUUUUUACUUUCAGCAGCUCAUGGAGCGGUGCUUGGAUUGACCUUGUUCGUAUUUGACUCCCAAGCUGAUGGCGAUACCAGUCGUCACUUAUUCUGAAAUGACUCUCCACUUAGGCGAACCACAUUUCGAGGUUGAUUGGCCAUAAUAGUGAUCGAGGUCAUGCCUUCGUUCGUCAUCUUCACACGUCGGGGUGACCACUGGUGAUUGCGCUAGUGACAAUGAUUUAUUUACAAUACAUAUAUAUACAUACAUAUAUACAGUGUGUCCACGGAUUGAGUGCAUAUAAAGUGCAUAUAACAAAUUUUUUAGAGUUGGAUCUUCAUGUUCUGAGAAUCGCUCCUACUUAGCCUCCAACUAAGAUAUUGAAAAAAAUGGGCCAAAUCAAUUAAUAUACAGGGUGUUUGUACGCCGAAUUCUAAAAAUUAGUCAAGAGAGUUACUUGCGAAAGUAGGGCCAUAUAUCGCAAAGCAUGACACUAUUUGAGGAUGCCAAAUAGCACGGAAGAAUGGAAUGAAAUAGCAGAAGAAUUUUAUAAUCGCUGGCAAAUUCCAAAUACCAUAUUGGAGUACUACGACGUCAGUAUGGGUUCCCCCAUGGGUGGCGAGUCGCCCCCUCAGUUGUUACACAAGGGGGGCCGCGCCCCCUCUAACAAUGAGUAGAUAAAUCACUCAAAAGCGACUAACACAUCUUCUACUGCAUGUGCAUGCAGAAAUUACAAAAAGUGUAGAAGUAGAGGAUAUAUUGAAAGAAUUUGCCAGAAAGACUGCGGAAAG